AUUUUCAUAAUUUCGGAAGGAUCAACAAGCAAUGUGCAUGUGCGAAGUACUCGUCCGAGUAGAGUAUUGUCAUCGCUGUGUCUUUGAGAGAGUUUGAGCCAUGAGCGAGACUGUAGAGCCCAGUUCCAAGCGAUCCAAAGUAGAGACGGGUGAUAAGCAAUGGCGAGGCACAAAGCACAAGCGGCAGACGCCGCAGUACAAGUUCUCAAACUUUGUAAAGGAGCAACACAAGAAGAAUUUGUUUGGAGUAGCAUUCAACUAUCACGCAGCUGAGGGAUCACCACUUUUGGUGGCAACUGUUGGAAGUAACAGAGCAACUGUGUAUGAAUGUGACAAUGCUGGAUCCCUGACACCUAUCCGGGCUUAUGCCGACGCCGAGGCAAAUGAAGAUUUCUACACGUGUGCAUGGUCACAUGACUCUGCUGGGGAGAUGCUGUUGGCAGUUGCCGGUGCCAGAGGAGUUAUUCGCAUCAUCUACCCAGGCAGUUCAUUACCUGAUAAGACAUACACGGGACACGGCAAUGCUAUCAAUGAGCUAAAAUUUCAUCCGAAAGACCCAUCUCUACUCCUCUCCGUAGCAAAAGACCAUGCUUUGCGCUUGUGGAAUAUCGAAACUGACACAUGUGUGGCUAUAUUUGGUGGUGUGGAUGGUCACAGAGAUGAAGUACUCAGUGGAGACUUUGAUCUCACAGGCUCAUGGAUCAUGUCGUGUGGAAUGGAUCAUGCACUCAAGCUAUGGUCUAUGAACGAUGUCAGCGUUCUCAGUGCAAUUCGAGCAUCUAAGACUUAUCAACCUCAGACUACAAACAGAUCAUUCGAUACCUUAUCAGUUCACUUUCCGGUUUUCACAACACGCAAGAUCCAUUGCAAUUACGUCGACUGUGUACGGUGGUUCGGUCAGUUAGUCCUUUCCAAGUCCUGUGACAACACCGUAUCUUGCUGGAAGCCGGGCAGCCUAACGGACACGUUAGACACGGUCAGCCGCUCUACGACAGAUGUGUCUGUUGUUCAUAGGUUUGAUUACACGCAGUGUGAUAUCUGGUACAUGCGAUUCUGCAUCAACUAUGAACAAACGCUAUUAGCAGUUGGCAAUCAAGUUGGCAAGGUCUUUGUUUGGGACUUGCUUGACGUAGAUCCAACCAAACCUAGGUCUAACAAACCAGCUGUCUUGAGCCAUCCUAAGUGCACCACAGCCGUACGCCAAACAGCGUUUAGUCAAGAUGGCAGUGUUCUGGUUUGUGUCUGCGACGACGGCAGCGUAUGGCGUUGGGACAGAAAGAAACUUUGAAGACAAGGCAGUAGGCAUGCACUUCGCCAGGCCUUCAUCGAGCCUAGUCAGUGCAUGUGUUUAACAUGUCAAGGACAGUUUACUGCUGCAUCUGAUUCGCCUGCUGCGAGGCAUGCUUAGUCAGGUGUCAUCCACGAUUUCAACAGUUCAACUGCGCACUCCGUACAGUGCUGCCUGAUGGCACUACCCGGGAGGAAGAGUUUUGUCUUGAGCGAAUCCUCAACCGCCCACGUGUCUAUGGCUGCAAGACGGCGUGCUUACGGAUAGAGGUUUGACAAGCUCAGCAACAAACGUCUUCAAACUGAACUCGAGAGGUUUUCUCCGUGUCCAGUUAUCCCUGGCCAUGACCUUAGGUAUGCUUGGAACGAGUUUCCAAGUUUCUAUAUUCGUAUUCUAGUUUGGCGUGCGUGCCAUCAGUUCCCACUGAGGAUGCUGGUUGCGUGCCUAAAAGCCUUUGAGACAAUCGGAUGGAUCUUGCAUCCCCCGCAUGCACACAUACUUCAAAAGUGUGUAUGCCUAUUGUUUGCACUAUAUGUACAUAGUGUUGCAGGUGUGCCCUCACCUCGCCCUGUACUGCCUAACUUUGUCGAAGACUGGUUACGUUUGAGCUGUGUCACAACCUCCCUAUUCUGCUUGUAUAUUGUUUGCUUCAUCCUGGCUGGCCUUGUAAAUGUCUUAUUUCACGCUGGAUUUUAUCUGUUUUUGCAGUGGGUUUGUCUGUUUUCAAACUGGGUUUUGCCCAUUUCAAACUGGCUUUUGCCUGUUUCAAACAAGGUUUUGCCUUCACACUGGAUUUUGUCUAUUGUUUUACUAGCUGGUGCUACAUUUGUUGUUUUACAGAUUUCGUUUGUGUCUACGCUGGGUUUUAUUUUUUAUCUACGCUAGGUUGUUCGUUUGUUCCAGAUUUUGUUUGUUAGCUAUCCGUUUAGAUUAAGCUGGUGUUUGUUUGUUUACAGGUCGACAUUGCCAACAUAGUAUACUAGUAGUUAUUUCUGUUGUUACUCCAAGAUUCCAUAGUACAUUAUGCGAACGUCUGUGUGCUGUGCGUGCUGUGGAUUUUGCUGCUACUGCUUUCUCUCUCCUUUCUUUUUCUUUCCUGUAUAUUUUUUUGAAUUCUUCUUCAAGAAGCAUCUUUUCUGCUGGCUGUGCCGGCGUUGUUGCA